AUGUUGAAAAAUGAUGAUGAAUUUGGAAAUCUAACGUUGAGCCAGUUUAUUGAAAAACUCGAAGUUCAAGAGAUGGAACAACGGAAGAUGGCGAGAAUGAAGGACUUUAAUGGUGAACAAGACAUUGGUCUAUAUUACAAAGGAGAUUCAACUGCUGAAGAAGAAUUGGCGUAUGCUUACUAUCAAUCUCAGCAGUACAGUCCUAAAAAGAUCGAAGAAGAACCAGUUUUAAAAGAAAAGGUUUCAGAAAAGGUUUCAGAAAGAGCACCAGUCUUUGAUCACUCAUCAGAUGAAAAGAGUGAUGAUGACAGUGAAGAGAUUCGAAAACUUGAAUUUUAUGCAAGAAAAUUUUCAUCUGAUAAUGAUAAUUUGUGUUUUGCAGGUAAAAUAGAAAAGAUAAAAGAAAAACAAGCUGCGAAAAAGAAGAAUCAUAAAGCAGCAACUGAUAAAGAAAAAGAUGAUAGUGAUGAUGAUAAUUCGUAUUAUGCAGGUAAAAUGAAAGAAAUACUAGCUGCGAAAGAUGACAGUGAUGAUGAAAAUGUUCGACUGAAAAAGAAGCAGGAUUUAUCCUACAGUGGAAGGCAUGAAAGCGUUUGA